AUGCCACGUUCCCCAGUACACCUCGCCCUCGGCUGCGACGACAUCCUCUACGAGGUCUUCCGCCAUAUCAGGACGCUCCCCACAUACAGCAAACCACGACAGUCGCUCUACGCCUGCGCCCGUGCGUGCCAUGUAUUCUGCGAACCGGCACUGGAUGCUCUCUGGAUGGAACUGGACUCUCUCCAACCGCUCCUCGAGCUCUUUGAGGGUUGCCAUGUGGGCUGCAACGGGUAUUACUACUGUCUCAACGUAGUGGGACUCCCCGAGAACCUCGAGCGGUUCCGCAGGUACGCCCGCCGCGUGCGCGUCCUCACCGUCCCGCGCGAGAUGAAGUUCAAAUCCGCCAAACGCUUCGCCUUCCUCACCCAGCUCGCCACCGUCCUCUCCCUCACCUCCCACACGCCCCUCUUCCCCACCCUCACGUCCCUCACCUGGGGCACCAUCGGCAAGCACGAUCCCUCGCUCCCGCUCCUGCUCUCCCCGCGGCUCCGCUCCCUCCACGUGCACUACGUCUCCCGCUGCAGCGGCGCAGACCGCGUCGUCGCCGACGCAGACGGGGGGCCCUCGCUGUCCGCCCAGCUCGCGCACUUCCUCGUGCGCGCGCCCGCGCUGCGCGUCCUGCGGCUCACCGGCCUGCACGACUGCCCCGCGAGCGUCGCGGACCUCGAGGCGCACGCGGGCACGGCGCGCAUGCUCGCGGGGAUCCGCCGGCUCGAAGAGGUCGAGAUCCACAUGGAGAGCACUGUGCGGUUCGACGAGUGCGCCUGCGCGCGCGGCGCGGCGGCCAAGAUGGGCCUUGGCGUGGAGUGGCCCGUGCUGAGGCGGCUCACGCUCGCGGGCCCGUCUGCUGCGCUCACCGCGGCGGUCCCGAUCUUCGCGCAUGCGCCCCAGCUGUCGGAACUCUGCCUGUCCAGCACGUCGGCGUCGACAGCGGACGACGCCCUCCUCAUGGGCGCGCUGCCCACGCUCAGGCACCUGCGUACCCUCCGGCUGGAGUUUACAGGCAGGCAUCCGAUCGACGAGGGUCUGUCGCGCCUGGCGAGCGCAUGGCCGCCAGAGCAGCUGCUCGAGCUCGAGAUACGCUGGCGCGCCCUGCGCAACACUGUCUGGACGUCCGCUGCGAUCCUCCAGGACUUCGCGGAGCAUUGUCGGGCGCUGCGCAGGCUCGUCCUGCCUCCACUCGAUUUCCAGCCCGUCCUCUCCCUCUCCCGGGCGUCCUCGCCUGGCAACGCCGCCAGCGGUGUUGUUGAGCAGAAGCAGGAGUCGUCGUUGAGAGAGCUGAGGCUCCAGUCGAUUCUGCUCGCGGGCUGCGAUGUGAGCGCUGCCGCGACGUACGUCGAGCGUCUCUUCCCCACGCUGGAGCUGUGCGAGGGUGCGGCCCCGUGCGAGCCUGUUUCGAAUGCGUGGAGUAAAGUCGAGGAGGUAUUGAAGGAGAGACUGAGGAUCCGCGCAGCGUGCACGCAAAUGACGUCUUUAUGUUUGCGGCCUUAGGAACCAUGGGCAAAGGUGCUUGGACAGGACUAUGCGGACAUUCAUUCAUCAUCAUGUCUGCGGCAUCCGAUACAUUUUUGUAAGUUAUAGCGGGAGGCCAGUACCGCAGUCUUCUCUCUACCAUUUGACUGGCCAGCAAUCUCAGACUCUGUACGUUCUUUCGUGGCGCCCAGCAUCCGAGUCCGCCGUGACGUAAAUCGUCUUUGGUCUUCUCAAGUUUAGGUGCGUAUCGAUGGUUCGCGACGCCCCUGCGACGAUCUUC